UAUUUGAGAUUAGUGCUUAAAGCAGUUCAGCAGUCAUAAGAUUUUGUCUUGAAUUAAAUCUCUGCAUUUUGAGAAACUUAAAGAGCUUGUUCUCCUAAAUAAACUGAAACUGAAAUCGUUGUCGAAUAUUUGGUAACGAUGUCUGCCGAUGAACUGAUGUUAUCUGAUGAAGUUCGACAGCGAAUUCUUGAUUUCACGAAAAGAAUGGAGAGAACAGGUAGCGACGACUACAACAAGGAGCCGCAGGAAGAGAUGUCACAAGGAGAGAUGGCACCGGUGCUGACCACAGAUCAGCAUGAUCUAAUGGCUGCCGUUAACAUUGAGGUGGACAUGAAUAUAGUGCCAGAGCAGGCCAGCGCUUCCGAUGACAGCAACGAGAUGCGGCACCCAGUAGGACUCGAUGAGGAGCAACCAACACGUCGUGGCAAUUUGCCACCGCAAGCUGUGAAGAUCCUCAAGAGCUGGCUCUACGAGCAUCGCUACAAUGCCUAUCCCAGCGAGAUGGAGAAGCAGCUGCUGGCCAACAAGGGCGACAUAUUGGUUCAGCAGGUGAACAACUGGUUCAUCAAUGCUCGGCGCCGCAUUCUGCCCGGCAUGAUUCGGCGCGAUGGCAACAAUCCGUCCCAUUUCACCAUCUCGCGUCGUGCCAAGAAGUCAAUGCCCAACUAUGGCAUCAAAAUGAACAGCUCUGCAAAUCGCAACAACAAUUGCCGCCAAUCUGAUGUCCCAGUGCCCAGGUCAAGCGAGGUUGGCCAGGAGCAUGUUGAUAAAAAUUGCAUCAAUUUCAUUUAGGCCUUGUUUGAUAUUUAAUUUUAUCCAGUUUAUCCAAACAAUAUCCAUUUAUUGAUCCAAGAUGCA